GGAGACUCUGGCUCUCGAAUCCCUCUGACAGUAUCUGCUUGGUAUAUGAAUGAACUACUUUGUCUCUUCACUAUCCUUGAGAAAUGGUGGGACUCUCCUCCACUGCUGUUGAGGCAAUGGAGGUGUUGGUGAGUGAGCUGGGCGCACUGCUGAAGAUGCUGGACCAGGAGAACCUCAGCUCCUCCACCCAAGAGAAAAAGACCUCUGUGUGGAACCUCCUGCAGCAGAUACAGCCUUCAGUUUCAGGAACAGACUACAUCUACAUGAACUCAGCAGUGUACAGAAAUGGCACCAGCUUUGUAGAGUCCCUCUUUGAGACAUUUGACUGCGAGCUUGGAGACCUAAAGGACGUAACAGAUGAUAUAAAACAAGACAAGGACACACAAACUGAGAUUUUAAAACAGAGCUGUGCAGACUCUCCAGCCCCGCACUCAGCUGACUCUCCUCCCCCUCUGCCCACAACACCUCCUCCAGAGGACUAUUAUGAGGAGGCAGUGCCACUCAGUCCUGGCAAGAUGCCCGAGUACAUCAUCACACGAGUCAGGCCCAGCCCUCCCAACUCUAUAGAGGAUGGGUAUGAAGAUGCUGAAAACAACUACCCCACUACCUGCAUUAACUCACGCCGGAAAAACUCCUAUAAUGAUUCUGACGCUCUCAGCAGUUCCUACGAGUCGUACGAGGAGGAUGAGGAGGAGAGGAACCCUGGUGUCCAACUAACUCACCAGUGGCCCUCAGAUGAGAGCUCCAUGCCUCCAGCCAGGGACUGUCGCAUCUGUGCCUUCCUACUGCGCAAAAAGCGCUUUGGCCAGUGGGCCAAACAGCUCACCGUAAUACGGGAGAAUAGACUACAGUGUUACAAGAGUUCUAAGGACACAUGCCCCUAUGUGGACCUGCUGCUGCCCCAGUGCACUGUGGUCUAUGCUCCUAAAGACAGCAAGAGGAAGCACCAUGAACUCCGGUUCACCUUACCUAAUGGAGAUGCAUUAGUGCUGGCAGUACAAAGCAAGGAGCAGGCCCAUAGAUGGCUUAGGGUUGUCAGAGAAGUGAGCGGUCAGAGCACAGGCCCUGAGGAAUCUGUGUCUCCCAUCAUUCCAAGAAAAACUGAGCUUGACAAGAGAUUAUCUGCAGAGCGGAACACAUCCGAUUCAGACAGUGUGGGUGUGUCAACGGGAGAAAACUGCAGAGAAAAUGGUAAGGUGAAACGGGGGGCUUUUGCUGCAGGCCGAAAGAUCACACGCAUUAUCAGCUUCUCCAAGAAAAAGCCUCCCCGACCAGGAGAUUCAAGGACUGCCUACAGUGACCCUCGACAAGGCUACCUAUCAGUGCUGGUGAACCAAGUGUGGAGGGAACAGUGGUGCUGUGUGUGCAGAGGCUCCCUGCACUUCUACCAUGACAAAGGAGACCCUCGGACUUCCCUGCCCUCCCUUCCUCUUCAUGGCUGCGAGGUGUUGCCAGGGCUGGGACCUAAACAUCCCUUUGCCUUCCGAAUCCUGCGGGCCAGCACAGAGGUGGCUGCUCUGGAGGCGGCAAGUUCUGAGGAGCUUGGCAGAUGGCUCGGUGUCUUGUUGGCAGAGACCGGCUCCACAACAGAUCCAGAAUCACUGCAUUACGACUAUGUUGACGUGGAAACCAUUGCUAACAUCCGCGACGCUGCGCGGCAUUCUUUCCUGUGGGCUACAUCCUCCAGCAGUGCCUCCACAGAUUCCAGAACAUAUGAUGAGGUUCCUAAUGAGAAUAUGCAGUCAGUGGAGAACCGCAGGCAGCAGUCUGGGAAUCAAGGGAAGCGGCGCUCAAGCUUCUCCAGCAGUGACUCUGACAGAACGAAGCCAGUAGUCUCCCUCAAACGAACAGGCUCAAACUGCAACCAGUAUGGAAGGUAUGGGAAAACUCGAGCAGAGGAGGAUGCCAAGCGUUACCUGAAAGAAAAGGAGGACCUGGAAAGAGAGAGGGAUGGGAUUCGAAAUGCACUAGUGACCCUUCGACAGGAGAAGAGAGAGCUGAAGGAAGAGCUGAAGACUGCCUCUGAGAAGAGGAAGACCUUUCUGAACAAGCGUGUUUCACAACUGGAGGAAGCCUGUCGGGCUAAGGAGGCAGAGAGGGUGGACCUAGAGCUCCGACUGACCCACGUGAAAGAAAACCUGAAGAAAAGCCUGGCAGGAGGAGCACUGGGUGCUCCGGUAGAGGCUAAACCACCUGUCAAGAGUUCAAGCAAAAAGACCCAGAAUAUCUACAGUGAGUCUUUACCAGUGAACUGUGCUCUAGAGAUGCGUAAGAGACCCCCAUCUAUGUAUGCUUCUUCUUCAGGAACUGUCAUGCAGAAGGCAAAGGAAUGGGAGUCAAAGAAAGGAACCUAAGUGCAGUAUCAUGGAAAGUACUGGAGAAAGAUAUAAUGGAUAUCAUAAUGUGACUUUUGCCACCUUCAAUCCUACAAAGGAUAACCUCCCUUUUACUUUCCAAAGCACAAUCUUCAUUUCUUUCAUUUUGGAUUUCUGAGGAAAUAGAUGAUGUAAUGAAAGAAAUGAGCCACUAGGUGGAGUUACAUGUCACCAAAUAUUUACCCUUCUGUCCUUUUUAAAAGGUCUCCAAGUGCUAGAAAUCCACAGACAGCUGUCUGUCUCUAUAUCAUUGUUUUAAGUAACACAUAGUCAAAUGUGGCAAACAGAAAACUGAAAUUAGGGUAUAUAGAAGAAAGACACAAGAUAAGUGUAUUGAAAGGCACAGCAAGUGGUGUAAUGGAGAGACAACACAGGCUUGUGUUGGCACCAGUGUUGCAGUAGGUGAAAUGUUUAAAAAGUUAAGGUUCCAUGUGGGAAUAUACAACUUUAUAAAUGUGAUGUGGAGGAUGGAAGUUAGUUUAAGCCAUGCUGUCUUACUAUGACAUGUUAUUUUUUUCUGCCUGUACAUAGUGAGCCAUGACUACUGUUUUGUAUGUUUUAUACUUUUAUACUGUUCAAGGUUUCAUUUCUCGUCAUUAUCAGGAGUGUGCAGCGAUGUGCCAAGGAGGGCUGACUCACAAUUAGCUGUUGCUAUUCGGUUAAAGCAUCUGCUGGAUUAUUUGGUUAGAAAGAAAUCAUGCAUCCACUUGAAUCUUUUGGCACACAGUUGAGCACUCUGGCUAUAGAUAACUGUAUGACUAACAAAGUGGUGCUAUUCAGUAAUGCAUGUAGAUCUUUCCUGAGUGGGAAAAUCUCACUAUAUGUAAUUUUAACAACUUUUCUGCAGAACCUGUGGUUGACUUUUGCACUUUACUGUUCUCCUACCUGG